CGGCACCACGGCCGCCAUCCACACCUUGCUUUGACGCCACCUCCCACUCAACUCUAUUUGCUUGCAUUGAAUACUGGCGGAGCGAGUCCCAGUCAUUCAUUAUUAGCCAAUUCCAUUCAACUCAACCCAGGCUAUCAUACCAUCUAAUUAUUAUGUGACUGUCUCCAUGUCGCUCUCAACACCCGACCCUCCUACGUCUCUCUCAUCCUCUGCCUCUCCUUCUCACCCUAUCUCUCGCCUUCCCUCUUCUUCCUUUCCUCCUUCACUCUCCUCUACCUCUCCUCUCCCUCCUCCUCCUCCCACUCCCCCCAAGCCAACGCAGAUCAAAUUCUAUCGGGCUGCCCAGAUGGCCCUCUUUGCCAACUUGGCCACAUUCCCUCCACUUGCCCAGGUCACCACCAUUCCUCCUACCCGCGAACCUUUCAACUUUACAGUCGUGCUCGAAUCUUCUCGCUCUCUGCCAGAAACUCCCUGGGAGGUCUCCAUCUGGUACGACUACGGCAGUUAUAUUGGUACCAAGGCACCCUGGCAGGCCCUCGAUCUCGACCAAGUUGAUCAAACACCCACCGUCCUUACUGACGAUAACGCCCAAACCACAUAUCGCUACACCUUUUCUGGUCAACUGGAAAGCCCUUACAAGUCUCAUGAUAAAGUAUACAAAGGUCGUCGAGUCCCCUUCACCGUUCGUUACCGCAUCAAUCCAGCUUCAGAAUGGUCCUGGGUCUUCCAUAACUUCGGUGUCCACGAUGGUGAACUGAUUCUACAACCACCUAUCGAUCCCAACUUUCUGGGCGCCUCUCCAAUCGAUAUCAAAGAGGGAUGGGUCUCCAGGAAGAUCCCCAGUGACGCCCCAGACGCCCGUCUCUAUAAUAUCGAAUCCGCCCACCCGAUUCCUGUACCCGAGGACGGAAAUGCUUCAUUACAACGUCUCACCCUGGGUCGGGUCCUUCAAACCUCCCGUUGGCUGGCUUUAGUUCGUAUUUGGGAGCCCUGGCUGGCCCCUCGCCACGGACGCGCCCAAUUCCGUCUCGAAGAACCAGCAAUUUUGCUAUCCUUCCUUCGCACCGAUGGCCUCCACGUCGUUGUUCUGGCAAUCAACGGUGUUGAUCAAUCUCUUACUCAAUUUCGUUCGUCUGAGGAAGGUGAGAUUAUCGUUGAGGCCCGGAAUGACUCCGGUACAGAUCGCAAAUUUCGAAUCUUGGCUGCAACCGCCUGGAAUUUUGAAGUCGCCAACUGUGCCGUAAUGUACGAAGCCCGCAAGCUCGUCCGUCAAUCUUCGGCCUAUCAGGAAGCCCUCGAAGGUAUCACUGGGCACGUCCGAUCGACAUCCCUCGACUCAGAGACCGCCCUCGUAUCCGUUGAGCAAAAGCCCGAGGUAAAUGGUGUCCACCCUCAGUGGCUCGAGUCGUGGUAUGAUGGCCUUGCCUAUUGUACCUGGAACUCUCUUGGUCAGGACCUGAAUGCCGAAAAGAUCAUGGCCGGCCUAGACUCCUUGGCCAAGAACAACAUCAAAAUUGCCACCUUGAUUAUUGACGACAACUGGCAGUCCCUGGACGGAACUCAGGGCAAAACCUCUCAAUUCCACCGGGGAUGGAAGGCUUUUGAGGCAAACUCGGCAGGAUUUCCCGAAGGUCUCAAGGCAGCUGUUGCGCGAAUUCGUGAAAAACAUCCAGCGAUCCAUGAUGUCGCAGUCUGGCAUGCUCUGAUGGGAUAUUGGGGUGGUAUCUCUCCCGAAGGUGACAUCGCCCAAAAUUACAAGACCCUCGAGGUGGAGUUUCGUGAGGGAACUCCUAUGGCUGGUCGUCGCCUCGUUGUCCAUCCUGACGAUAUACACCGACUUUACGACGACUUUUACCGCUUCUUAUCAAGUGCUGGUGUUACCGGGGUCAAGACCGAUGUUCAAUUUGCUCUCGAUCUUCUUUCCAACACCAGAGACCGCCACUCAUUCACCAACGUCUAUCAGUCUGCCUGGACUCAAGCGCAUCUGAGACACCUUUCAGGCAAAGCUAUCUCUUGCAUGUCGAUGAUUCCUCAGAUUCUUUUCCACAGCUUCCUCCCUACCAACACCCCAAGAAUCCUCCUCCGCAAUAGUGACGACUUUUUCCCUGACGUCCCCACAUCGCAUGCCUGGCAUGUCUUUGCCAAUGCCCACAACGCGCUUUUUGUCCAACAUCUCAAUGUCCUUCCAGAUUGGGACAUGUUCCAGUCUAGCCAUCCUUAUAGUGGCUUUCACGCCGCCGCUAGGAGUCUAUCGGGAGGCCCAAUCUACAUCACGGAUACGCCUGGCGAACACGACGUUGACUUGAUUCAUCAAAUGACCGCCAUGAAUCCGAGAGGCCAAACCGUGAUCCUUCGACCCAGUAAUAUCGGAAAAACCAUGGGCGUAUACGACAAUUAUGAAGAAAAGGGUGUCUUGAAGAUUGGUGUCUACGAUGGCAAAUCCGACAUCGGCACUGGAAUCCUUGGUGUCUUCAACAUUGCAGACUCAGAGACAAGCUUCAUCAUUCCCAUACAAAAGUUCCCCGGCGUCAACCCCCCAUCAGAAAAUUCUGGCCCGAUCAGAAAAUGGAUUGUCAGAUCCCACAUCUCGAAGCGGAUCACUUCCCCCAUUUCUCCUACCAAUCCAAUUCGGCCUGACAAUCUUCUUCAGGCGAAGUUACCUGUGAGAGGCUAUGAUGUCUGGUCAGCGCUUCCGGUACACACAUUCAAUCUUCCAGAACAUGGCCCCAUCCUUGACCUUGCGGUUGUCGGUCUCCUAGGUAAAUUCACAGGCGCGGCGGCUAUCAUCGAGGCAAAAUUCAACCUCGCCGAGUUGAAACCCGAAGGCUCAUCAACCCACACAGGACAACGUCUGAGACUCCACGUUCAACUAAAAGCACUUGGCAUUCUAGGAGUCUGGCUUUCAGACGCUAAAUCGCGUAAGGUGGAAGAUCUGUUUGUUCUGAUACAAGGGCGACCAAUCCCUCAACACACAGUCACUUUCAACAAUGAAAAUGACCUCCAGAAUGGUGGAAUGCUUGAGAUCGAUGUUGCCAAGGCAUGGGAAGAGAAUAACCUCGAUGCCGGUUGGAGCAAUGAGGUUGGAGUCGAAAUCUUUCUGGCGUGAACAUUUGGAUUGUGCCUUAAUUAGCAAGCAAUGCCUCCACCUCACCUCGUCAACUAAGCUAUACUCCAUCACAAGAUCAGAGCUGUGCUGAAGAACCUCGAAAAGACACUUCUCUUGAUCCGCUAGAGGCCCGUGGACAUUACAACUUUUCAACAGACCUCCUCACUUCCUAGCUGCCCGACCAACGGUGAUAGCGACCCCAACAGACAAUAAUGACCAAAUCUAUCCAAAUGGUGUGCAAGUCCACCACACCAAGUGUCUGUACAGCCCAGUCACCACUGCGACUGGAUCGCAUGUCUCUGGCCACCGACGCUACAACGCCCAAAUCAAUGCAGUCUUCCAGCAGAACUCGCUUCGAAUUCAUUGGCCACGCCCACAACAGAGUGGCACGGGACAAGAAUGCUCUUCCAUCCAUUCGACUAUAUGUCAAUCAUGCCGAAAUAGCUGACAAUCUCUGCCGUCAAAUCAUCACUAUUUCAGCCAAAAUGCGGCUCAUCUAUGACAACGAAAAUAGCUCGAAUGCGGUACAACCAUAUAUACCUACGCAACAGUAGCUAGAUAGGAGACAUGACAGUCAUUGUUUCUGCAGAAUAGAUCGCAAGAGCCGAUCAUGUUGGACUAGAGUGAAUGCGUAAGCGAAUAGAUCAUCUGAAUAGAAUGCCACAUGGUGACAUGAGAAGACCAUCACAACC